CGCCGCGCUUCCGGGCUGCCACUUUCACUUUCUCUUCCGCCGAGGCUGCUCAGGCCCUUCUCCCGACAGACAGGCCGCUCGGGAGAGGAGGGAGUGGGCUGAAAUCUCGGCCGCCGGGGGCGCUCCCAGCCGGGAGAAGGGACCACCCGUAGGUAGCAUUUCCCCGGAGCUGCCGCCCCCGCCUGGGGGGAUGGGCACAGUCACGCCGGAUGGACGAGAAGACCAAGAAAGCCGAAGAGAUGGCCUUGAGACUCACCCGAGCAGUAGCAGGCGGGGAUGAACAGGUGGCUACGCAGUGUGCCAUCUGGCUGGCAGAGCAACGGGUACCCCUGAGUGUGCAAGUGAAGCCUCAUGUCUCCUCAACACAGGACAUCAGGCUCUGGGUGAGUGUGGAGGAUGCUCAUAUGCAUACUGUCACCAUCUGGCUCACGGUGCGCCCUGACAUGACGGUGGCUUCCCUGAAGGAUAUGGUAUUCUUGGACUAUGGCUUCCCGCCAACCCUGCAGCAGUGGGUGAUUGGUCAGCGGUUAGCACGGGACCAGGAGACCCUGCACUCCCAUGGGGUGAGGCGCAAUGGGGACAGCGCCUACCUCUAUCUGCUCUCAGCCCGCAACACCUCACUCAACCCUCAGGAGCUGCAGCGGGAGCGGCAGCUGCGGAUGCUAGAAGAUCUGGGCUUCAAGGAUCUUGCUUUGCAGCCUCGGGGGCCCCAGGAGCCCGCAAUCGCGAAGCCCGGGGCCCCCCAGGAGCCCGGACGAGGCCAGCCGGACGCCGCUCCCGAGCCCCAGCCAGUGGGCUGGCAGUGCCCCGGCUGCACCUUCAUCAACAAGCCCACUCGGCCGGGCUGCGAGAUGUGCUGCCGGGCGCGGCCCGAGGCCUACCAGGUCCCUGCUUCGUACCAGCCCGACGAGGAGGAGCGCGCGCGCAUGGCCGGCGAGGAGGAGGCGCUGCGCCAGUACCAGCAGCGUCAGCAGCAGCAGCUGGAGGGGAACUACCUGCAGCAUGUGCAGCUGGAUCAGAGAAGCCUGGUGCUGAACACCGAGCCCACCGAGUGCCCCGUGUGCUACUCAGUGCUGGCGCCCGGCGAGGCCGUGGUGCUGCGCGAGUGUCUGCACACCUUCUGCAGGGAGUGUCUGCAGGGCACCAUCCGCAACAGCCAGGAGGCAGAGGUCUCCUGCCCCUUCAUUGACAACACCUACUCGUGCUCGGGCAAGCUGCUGGAGAGGGAGAUCCGGGCGCUGCUGAGCCCCGAGGAUUACCAGCGAUUUCUGGACCUGGGCAUCUCCAUUGCUGAAAACCGCAGUGCUUUCAGCUACCACUGCAAGACCCCGGAUUGCAAGGGGUGGUGCUUCUUUGAGGAUGAUGUCAAUGAGUUCGCCUGCCCUGUGUGUUUCCAUGUCAACUGCCUACUCUGCAAGGCCAUCCACGAGCAGAUGAACUGCAAGGAGUACCAGGACGACCUGGCCCUGCGGGCGCAGAAUGACGCGGCUGCCCAGCAGACAACGGAGAUGCUGAGGUCAAUGCUACAGCAGGGUGAGGCCAUGCACUGCCCACAGUGCCAGAUCGUGGUGCAGAAGAAGGACGGGUGUGACUGGAUCCGCUGCACCGUCUGCCACACCGAGAUCUGCUGGGUCACCAAGGGCCCACGCUGGGGCCCUGCUGGCCCAGGAGACACCAGCGGGGGCUGUCGCUGCCGGGUGAAUGGGAUUCCUUGCCACCCCAGCUGUCAGAACUGCCACUGAGCUGAGGAUGGCCUGGUUGCCAUGCUGACCGUACCCCACAUACCCAUCCUGCUGUGGGACAGGGCUGGUGCUUUGGCUCUGAUUUCUGGACUGGGAGAUACCUCCCUGCUUGGCUGAGACAGGGACCCUGCAGAGGCCAAGGCCCCGAGCUGCUUGGAGUCUUGUUUGCUGUGGGUGUUGCAGGGGCCCUGCCCGAGCUGGCUCUUUUCCAUGGCUGCACCUGCCUGGGGCCCUUGGGCUUGCUGGCCAGACCUCUCAGCUCUCUGCAGCUCUCUGCUCUGCCUGGCCCAGCCUUAAACACAGCCCUGGCCAGAGGCCUUGCUGGACGGAGCCCCUGAAAGCCCCUGUGAAACCACACUCCCCUAGCCACAACCCUCAAUGCUGCGCACUCACAGCCUGCCACUUCCCUGCUUUCUGGGGGUGACUUUCUCUGCCUUUGCUGUGGAAGGCCUGGGGCCUCUUAGAAUUGCUGCUAAUCCUAUUUAGAGCCUGGAGGGAGACUGGCAGCUUCUAAAGUACAGCCCAUCAGGUCCGGCUUCUGUGUCUCCCUCUUUGCUGCCUUUUAAAUUAAUUAAAAUGGUUUUCCAUGAAGGGAUGAGUGUGAUGUCCGUGAGAGGAAGUGAAAGGGUCAUGCAUGGUCUGGGACUUCAUACACAGGCAGGAUCCCAAGCCCUCCGGGAAUGGUGACAAGAAGUUGAUAUAUUGGCCCCCGUCAAUGGUGGAAUGAGUGAGCAUUGGGAUCCUUGCACCAGAGUUGGCCUUCCUGUGCCCACUUUGAGGGGCAGGAUACUCUUUGGUCAAUAUUCACCUGAAUAGGCCUAGUUGCAGUGUGUUGAAAAGUCCGCAAAGCAGUGUUUGUAGAUCAGCCUGGAUUUUAAGGGGGAAGAAUGGGUCGAGGCAGCAACUACAGGCAGGCAGGAAAGUCUUGCUGUAAACUUCUGGCCUCUUAGUGAGCAUCCAGGGUUGGGAAGCAGAUUUUCCAGAAAUUGGUGAAACUGCAAUUGAAGGGUAGGACUGUCUAUCCUAAUUUUAACAUCUCAGGAAGAUGGCACAGUAUUUAUUUAUUAGUCCCUGUUCUGUACUGGUCAGAGAUUAAUAAAACAUGGCUCUCGGUG